CGCCCCGGGGCACCGAUGAUCCCAAAACCCGUAGGGUUCGAGAAGACGACUGCGUGGAGCCGCGGGCCAGCGAAGACCCAGGCAAGGCUGAGCGUUGGGCCCCGGGCCCCGAGGGCUGGUGCCAGGGCCCAUAAAUUGUCCAAGGGCUGCCGGCGAGCCUGGAGCCUCGCUCCCCCACCGGCGCAAAGUGACAUGGCUGACAUCAAGAACAACCCCGAAUAUUCUUCGUUUUUCGGUGUCAUGGGCGCCUCGUCCGCCAUGGUCUUCAGCGCCAUGGGAGCCGCCUAUGGCACAGCCAAGAGCGGCACUGGCAUCGCAGCCAUGUCGGUCAUGAGGCCAGAGCUGAUCAUGAAGUCCAUCAUCCCAGUGGUUAUGGCUGGGAUCAUCGCCAUCUACGGCCUGGUGGUGGCAGUACUUAUCGCUAACUCCCUGACUGAUGGCAUCACCCUCUACAGGAGUUUUCUUCAACUGGGUGCUGGCCUGAGUGUGGGGCUGAGUGGCCUGGCUGCUGGCUUUGCCAUUGGCAUCGUCGGAGAUGCUGGCGUUCGGGGCACUGCCCAGCAGCCUCGACUGUUCGUGGGCAUGAUCCUGAUCCUCAUCUUUGCGGAGGUGCUUGGCCUCUACGGUCUCAUCGUGGCCCUAAUCCUCUCCACAAAGUAGUCCUUUUCCACCAUCAGUCACAGGAUAGGAUGUAAAGAUCACCCCUCCUCAUUCCAGAACGAACAGCCUGACACAUGCACGGGCAGCUGCCCCUCAGUAGUUGGUCUUGUAAAUGUGCAGUGUCCUAGUGCCCAUUGUCUGUCGCCCCCGCCUUGCCCCUACUGCUCCGUGCUGUGGACAUAUGGGCCCACUCAUCUCCCACCCAGGCCCCUGACCAGUGACAAAGUCAGCCUCUGGUUACCCCACCCAUCGCCCUAGAGUGCUCCUUGUGUAUAAGAAUGAACUAGAGUUGUCAUUUUUCUCUUCACUGGAUGUUUAUUUAUAAAAGAUUUGAUCUAUUCAUGCGUCUGUGGAGCAGCUCUUGUCUCCCAACUAUAUAGUAAUCAUUAGUAGACUGUUGCCUUGUGGGGUUCCUGUUGCUGAGACUCCUUGGAUGGAGCCACCCUGCCCCCAGCCCUGAACAGCCAGGGUGGAGGAUAGAGUGCUACUGCUCAGAGCUGGCUCCCAGCUGUGUCCAAUAAAAGUUCUCGGAUGUGA